CCGAUUAAAUAUUUCUUCUCUCCGCUCAUCUCUAUCUACCGGAUCGAGCAGUGGCGAAGAACCCUAGAGGAUGCUUUCUCCCAGGGGUGGCUGAAACCCGAUCGAAGAAGAAAGGAGGAAAUCUUGAUGGACGACGAAGGCACGCCAGGGCUACAAAACUGGGGAAGGUAUUAUCGGCCGCCGCCAUUGAAGGGAAACCUUGGCCUUCAACUAAUGUCCAAUGUUGGAGAACCCAUGACAAUGCCCUUUCUAUCCGGCGGCCACGGUAGCAACUAUACCCGUCGGGAAUGCGGCAUGCCCGAACCUUUCUCCCCCAAAAGAUGUAUAUUUUCCCCAAAAGGCACGCCUGAGCUCUCCUCUAUGCCGAUUGACUAUUCACGGGACAUUUGGUUCCAUAACAAUGAUCAAAACGGAAAGAUUCUUCAUGUCUUCCCAGGGAACCAUCACCAACACUCAAACAGCUAUGGAGCGCUUCUACCUGAAGCCACUGUGGCCUCUGCAGGAACCAGCGCCCAUACACUUCAAAUGCUUCAGCCAGUGGAUCCCCCAAAGGAAGAAAAGGCAGCAGUCAUCGAGGAUCCCGGUGUUUCUCAGUUGGAUAUUGUGCCCUUGAAGAAGAGAUCCAAGGGUCAGGGCCGCCCCUUUAAGCAUUCGAAGCAGAACAUGGGCAAGAAGGCUAUUGCACCCAAGGAAGAGUCUGUUAACUCUUCUGGGAGAAGAAGAUCGGCGAAUAAGAACCUUGAUAUGGUUAUUAAUGGGAUUGAUUUAGACUUGUCGGGAAUUCCAGCACCACUCUGCACUUGCACGGGCCAGCCGCAGCAGUGCUAUAGGUGGGGUGCUGGUGGGUGGCAGUCAGCUUGUUGCACGACAAGCAUGUCCAUGUAUCCAUUGCCGAUGAGCACUAAAAGGAAAGGGGCACGCAUUGCUGGGCGUAAAAUGAGUCAGGGUGCCUUCAAGAAAGUGUUGGAGAAACUUGCAGGGGAAGGCCAAGAUUUCAGUAACCCAAUAGACCUGAAACCUUUCUGGGCUAAGCAUGGUACCAACAAGUUCGUGACAAUUAGUUUCCAUGCAGGGGCAUGCAGUAAACGCUGCACGAGUGAGUUGCAAGAGCUUUUCCAAAUUAAGUGCAAGGUUAUGCUGCUGUUUUAAACUCUGUGAUGUUUGGGACAUCUUAGAGAUGUUCAUAGCUAAUAUAGGUUUUUCUUUAAAUGUUAUUUAAUUAUGCCAUUAUUGAUUAAUGUUUUCCUUUCCGUUGAUGUACCCGUUUCUAGGAUUUUGUUUUGUUUUUAUGUAUUGGUUCUCAUUUUAAUAGUGUAAGAUUCUUUGUAUGCUUAAAGGCAUCCAUAGUGCACUAUGUUGCUCCA